AUGCGAUCGGCACAGCGAGUCGUGAUAUUCGUGCAGUCGCCAGCUUCGUGCCAAACUUACUGCGGCCGGCGACAACUACAUACCAGACUACAGAGACCUUCAGUCACUGGCACCUCAAGUGUUGCGUUACGACGGCAAAAAAGAUUUAUCACGCAGCAAUGGAUUGCCAACACGAAACAGGCAAAAGCUGAAUGGGAUCAAUGGGCAGUGGAGAUUAAAGAGGGGAAACGAAAAAGCUUUGUCCAGCUGCUCGAUGAACGGGGUCUCUUGCAUCAGGUGGUAGGGUUACGGGAACUCCUUGACAAAAUACUUACUGAGAGGAGAGUCGGAUUCUACGCCGGAGUCGACCCGACGGCACCUUCUUUACACGUCGGACAUAUGAUACCUUUCAUGGUACUGGUAUGGGCUUUUCACUGGGGGUAUCCAAUCACUUUUUUGCUCGGAGGUUCGACGGCCAAAUUCGGGGACCCGACGGGCAGACUCGAAGAGCGAAAGCAAGAACAUCGAUCCGUUCGUACAGCCAACAUUGCAUCGAUGCAUAUGCAAUUGAAGAAACUCAGUGCAAGCAUGGAGAAGUACGGCGAACGGCAUGGUUACGAGCAUCAAUGGGCUGCGCGACGGGCACUUACAAACAAUAAUGUGUGGUGGAAUAAAGUGCCUUUUAUUGAUGUACUGCGAGACUUGGGGAUGCAUAUGAGGCUUGGACCUAUGUUAGGGCGAGAUACUGUCAAGACUCGUCUGGAGGGCAAGGGUAUGUCUUUUGCAGAAUUUUGCUAUCCCCUUAUGCAAGCAUGGGAUUGGUUCCAUAUGUUCAGGAAGGGCACCCAGGUCCAAGUUGGCGGUGCUGACCAGUAUGGCAAUAUCCUCUUUGGAAUGGAGGCCGUCAAACAGUUGUCGAAGAAUACGGCCAUUGAAAUUGACCGAAGAAAUGUGGACGAAGACGUGGAGAAACCAAUCGGAAUCACCACUCCUCUUCUCACGACUGCGUCGGGAGAGAAGUUCGGAAAGUCAGCCGGAAACGCAAUUUGGCUGGACAAGGACUUGACCUCGACAUUUGAGCUCUACGCGUACUUUGUGCGAACUCCCGACGACCAGGUCGAACGGUACCUCAAAUUAUUCACCUUCCUGCCCCUUGAGGAGAUUACCAAAAUAGUGGAGAAACACACUGAAGAUCCUUCCAAACGAGUUGCCCAACACACUCUUGCGCGCGAAUUCCUCGAGUUAGUCCACGGACGUCAAGAAGCCGAGACCACGGCCCUUCAGCACCAACAGCUUUUCCGACCCCGGUCUUCCACUGCAGAACCAACGCCACCUCCAACACGCGCCUCAAAUAUGCCCGAGAGUUUUGCGAAGAAGCCUGAAGCUGGUUUCACGAACGUUGGAGCAGGCAAUAUAUACGCACCUCAAGUGAACUACACUAAUAUGCAAAAUCAAACAGUCAAGCUUCCUCGGUCGCUUGUACUAGGGCAGACUUUGAACAAAGUCCUCUACAGCGCCGGCCUCGUGUCGUCCAAUAACGAAGGCCAUCGUUUGAUCGCCAACAACGGAGCCUCCAUUGGUAGCAGGCCCGGCGACUCAGGCCCAAUGUCAGAUGCUCUCGCAUUCACCCCUAUCAGGCCAUGGGUCGCGCAAAAAACAGAAGAAUUCCUGAUCGAGGGCAAGCUGAUAAUCUUCAAGAUUGGAAAGUGGAAGCUCAGAGUGGUCGAACUCGUUGACGAUGCCGAGUUUGAGGCGCAGGGGUUGAAGGCUCCUGGAUGGGAAGAAUUUAAGCUGAAUAAGGGGAAGAGUGCGGAUGAGGAUGGUAGUGCACCCAGGCCCGGAAAAAAGAGCAGUGCAAUCAGAUAUAUCAAGAAUACUCCAAAGAACGAGGAGAAGAGUACACCGAGAGAGGAGCGCAGUCCUCUGCGAUAUGUGAAUUCGGAUGAUCCAAAGCGCUCGGCAUAG